GCGCGAGGUGCCCCACGCGUACGAAACCGUCCAGCCAUUCACGUUUGCGCUCAUACUUCCGACUGCGCUCAGGAUACAUGGACAACUUUUUCGUUUUGUGAAUGUCAGCAGGGAACAUCACUGAAAUUGUAGUCACAAAAAAACUGUUCACUUCUUAACUGUGUUUUGAUACAAGUCGAAAAUGUGAUUUCUCUCAUGGGGAUAUAGCAUCGUACCAUGGUUUUGGAACCCGGCGUCUCCACCAGGACAUGGACUGCUGCAUAGUCCCCGUGGCAGCCUAUUGUAUUCAUGCAUCCCAAAAGGACACGCGAAUGCAAUGAAUUUCUUGAACAAAAUGGGAUUAUGUGACCCAACCAGUAAUACAACCAAUAGCUCAUAUGACCAUGGCAAUUUUGGCAUUGAUGGGUACAUGAAUCUAAGUUCCGGGGGCCCGAUGCCUGUGAUGGAGGAAGUAAAUAUCAGCAACAGUGAGAGCAACAGCAUGCCGAAGAGCAUUGCUCUCAUCUGCUUCCUGUCCCUGGUGAUGCUCAUGAGUGUCCUGGGGAACCUCCUGGUCAUGACGGCUGUCUGCAAGGACCGCCAGCUCAGAAAAAUCAAGACCAAUUACUUCAUAGUAUCGCUGGCCUUUGCAGACCUGAUGGUGUCGGUGCUGGUGAUGCCGUUUGGUGCCAUCGAGCUGAUCCACCAGAACUGGAUUUAUGGAGAAACCUUCUGCCUGGUCCGAACAUCUCUAGAUGUUCUGUUGACAACAGCCUCCAUAUUACACCUGUGUUGCAUAGCCUUGGACAGGUACUAUGCCAUCUGCUGCCAGCCGCUGGUCUACAGGAAGAAGAUGACAUCACUGAGAGUGGCUCUAAUGUUAGGAGGAUGCUGGGUAAUCCCCACCUUUAUAUCCUUUCUACCCAUUAUGCAAGGAUGGAACAGUAUUGGAAUAGACCAUUUGAUAGAGGAACGGAGGUUCAGCGGUGACGCAGUCAAUGCGACGGCGUGUGUCUUCAUGGUCAACAAGCCCUACGCUCUGACGUGUUCCGUGGUGGCCUUCUACAUCCCACUGGGGUUGAUGGUGCUGGCCUACCAGCGCAUCUAUGUGACUGCACGGGAGCACGCACGCCAAAUCAGUAUGCUGCAACGGGCGGGGGCCGCCUCGGCAGACAGCGCCGACCACCAGCGCAACCACCGCAUGCGUACAGAGACCAAGGCGGCCAAGACUCUGUGCAUCAUCAUGGGCUGUUUCUGCCUGUGCUGGGCCCCUUUUUUUAUCACCAACGUGGUGGACCCCUUUAUAAACUACACAGUGCCGGGCCAGCUGUGGGCAGCAUGCCUGUGGCUGGGCUACAUUAACUCCAUGCUUAAUCCCAUUCUCUAUGCCUUCCUGAACAAGUCCUUCCGCCGUGCCUUCCUCAUCAUCCUCUGCUGUGGCAGAAAGCGUUACAGCGCCAGGCGGCCAUCCAUACUGGGGCCGGGGCCCCCCUGCUCGGCCACACAGAUCAACGGCUCCACCCAUGUGCUCAAUGGCUGCUCCUCUCUCUCCAAACUCCUGCUCUGGUUCUGCAACACUAGGCCUGUUCCUGUCUAGUGCUGCUUGACAACCUCUCAAGUAUGCUGCCCUGCAUAAUGGAAACCACAUUGAACAGGAAAAGCAGUCGUUGCAAAGAGAGGACACAGAGUCACAGGAGUCCUGCUUCUGACAACCACAGACAGAUAGACAGUCAGACAGACACCUCCCCAUGCAGGAUGAGACAGGGACUGGGUCAGAACCAUCCCUGGAGGGGGUCAUUCUAAAACAGCCUCUCCAACUGAGAGACAGCCAACUCGACAACGUCUCCGGACUUCAUUCUUAGUAGCAGGAUUUGAUUAUGGACUGUUGAACACUACAAGGUGAACAAUGUUGCCAAAGCUAUUUGAUAUGAACUUGGUUUUAAGAUAUGUCCUUCCAUAUUUCCUUUGCUUAGAAAAUGAAGGAAAACACUCCAAAUCUCUCUGAUCCACUAUAGCUCCGUUAGAAGAGAGAAUGUUUCAGGAUGGCUUAGUGUCACUUAGAAUGAAGCAUUAACUUGAAAUGUUCUAAUUUAAAAAAAUGUAAAGGUCUCUUAUCUCUCCCUGUCAUUGGUGCCCUGUACUCAAUCACUAGCAGCCUACUUUCUCUUGAUGUUCUGCACAAUCUUCAAAAGCCGAAAGGGAUAGAAAGUAAUUGAACACACCUACGGUAAAGUAUGAAGUAAUUCAGCUCUUGACCGACUCUUGAUGAGUAUUAUUAGCUGCUAAAAUAUAUAAAGGAUUCAUCCCUUCCCUGUCAUGACUCAUCUCUCAGAUGUAUAUAAGGAUGGACCAUGCAAUAAGAUGGACAUGUUUCCAUGAAAGCUUUUAAAAAGUUCUGGUUGCUGGAGUAAUCUUGGUCGCAGUAUUUUGCCUCCUACUGCUGCUGUGUGGUAGUAUACUACUAUACUCUGUACAGUACGUGUGUGCAUACUUGAGAUCAUGUCCUCUGCUUUUUGAAGUGCCGCUCUCAACAUCACGUGUGUUUAGUCCAGUCCACAGUAACAUCCAAUGUCUUAUACAUGACUAACAGUAGCCUGUAAACAUGUGCCAGAAUGUACUCACAUUUUCAUUCAUUUUAUAUUCAUAAACAAUCAAAGGUAUCCUUGAACUGUAUACGCAGCACUUCAGUCAAUGUUUACUUGCACCUGAAAUGUAAACAUUGGCUUUUUCACUUAGGUUAUUUUCCUGUGCCAUUUCAGAGCAAACCAAUCCACUUGCUGAGUCCUUCAGUAGGCUACCAAUGAGGUCUAGCUCAUGUAAGGUAUUCGCCACCAAAGCCAGCAUUUAAUUUUCUAUGAGUCACCAAAUAGAGGACCAGUGGUUCAGUUAAUUAUAUUUUCUGUCCAAAGCACUGGGAAUAUUUACUUUCAGUAAGCAAUGUAAAGAGAUCAACCAACAGACAUACCAACUGUAUUUUCCCCCACACAUCCAUCCUGUUAAACACACAUUCAAAACUAAAUGACCCUGUUGGUUGAACUUCCUGAUGAAAUGUCCAACCUUUGUAGAUAUCUGCUUUUGAUGGGCUAACAGUACGGUCCUCAUGUUUCUGUAAUGCAUAGAAUGUAGAUGACCAUUCAGGUGUCUCAGAGUGGGGUGUUGACGGCAGGGUCAAGUGUGUUACACAGUGUCCAGAAGCAUUAAGCCAUUAAUCAUUACAUUCUUCCUCCUUACAAAACUGAAACUUCAGUCACACACUCUUUCAUCCUGUCCUUGGAUUCAAUCGUUCCCCUGGAGAUUCAUGAGAAGUAAUAAUAACGAUUUAUUUUAUUUUAGGAAUAUUUAUACUUUUCAGGGGAAGGUUUUGACAGUUCUGCUAUUCCAGAGGGUCUUGGUCGAUACAAAUGUUCUUGUUUUUUCCUGCAGUAACUGACAGCUAAAUGUAUUUAGAAUAUAUAGGCAGAGCAUUUACAGUGCUAUACCCUCCCGCUACAGACAUCAAAACAAUGUUUUUUUGUUCGUUUUUUUAAAUUCUCCUUUUAAAAAAUGAUUUCACUCACUGUGACCUCUUCCUUAAUUGAAGCACUAGCACUUUUGUAAAAUAUAGAUGAUAAUGUAAAAAGAUUAUUCCAUAGUCUUCUCAUCAGUUGAUUGUCCCGAGACCAAUAUGAUGUAAACCAUGAAUAGGUAUUUUGAUCACUUAAGUUAUUAACUUUCCUUUUCAUUCAUCCUGAGGAUUUAAUUUAAUUUAAUGUUUUAUUUUUGGUGAUACAUUCAGAAAAUUCUGUUAUGUCAUUUGAAAAAAAAGAUGAAUAUAAAAGUAACUACAAUGUGUAUAAUCCAUUCUAAUUAUGUAAACAUCUUCUCAAAUGAUUCCUUUUGUGCGUAAGACCGUGCACUUUGUACAAACAAUGCAACAUAAUGUUUGUCCGUGAACUAUCUUAACAUUUCAUUUGUAUAUUUUAUUUUGUGUUUGUGUUUUUUAGGAAGUGAAUUCAGCCAAUGAAGCAGAUUAUGCAUCGUUCUGUCAGGCUUCUGUUUCUGAGAUUUUAAAGUUUAAAUAGUGAUGUAUUUUUCUGCAAAGAGUGUAAAAUGAGUCUGUGUCUGUUCAGUGGGCAAUUAUAAUGACUUUAUAUUCUCCAUUCCAGUAGCUCUGCUGGCCUAUCCUUCCAGCACAGUAUAAUGGUAAAGGCUGAACAUGUAUGCUACCAUAUACUACGACUGAUGCAGUCUCAUACAGCUGUUGAUUGAGCUUUGUUAUGUUCAAGAUGUUUAUAAACCUUGUACAUCACAACAUUCUAUUGCCAGUUUUCAGUGGACGUGGCCACCAUAAUAAUUUCAGCCAAACUAAGAAAUGUGUCCCAUCAUGUUUUGUUUGUGAUAAUAGGUACAGGAUUCUGCGUACUCACUCCCCCGGGCCUGGUGGUUACCAUGACACCUGGAAUAUAAAGAUAUGUGAUCGACAUGGUACAUUAUGUGUUGGUGGUUGAAAGUCCAGAAUUAGAAUACUGCCUGUAGAGAUUUAAAAAGGACAACCUCCUGUGUUAAUAACACACCUUUCAUGUUUACUAUAGUACUUUACAUGCAAGAGGUAGAUUUGAAAGGAGAACCAUCCACUAGCGCGCAUUUGACUGCUGAUAAUGGGAAGUGUGGUAAUUCAUUGUAUCUUCUGCUUUGUCCAGUAGGAGCUCCUUUUAAUCCUUUGUGGAUAACAUACACGUACAUAAAAGGUCAAAGUGAUGAUAUAUUCAAUGAUUCACCUGUUCAUUAGUGAUCAGAAUCACAGGCAUCUUCUAGUCCCUGUGGUGUAUUCUAACACCCCCAGACUCUGCAUACUCAGGACAUCUGAAGCCCCAUUUAUACCUGCAGCUAACAUGCAUCCUUCAUCCUGAUCUUGUCCGUUUACACUUAUAAGAUCUGAUCAAAGUCUUUGAACCGUCCAUACCUGUCUGGAAAUGUGGGUACAAUCAGAAUGUGGAUAUGAUCCGGACACAGGACGCAUGUUAACACCUAUAAAUGGGUCUUGAGAGAGGCUGAGCUUUGAGGUCAGUUGUCAAGAGGCGAAAGGCAAGGGACUGCACCUCACAUAGAGCUACAACUAUAAUAGGCAGAUCAAGUCAAUCGUACAUAAUUCAUCUGGGGAGAUAUUAGACAAUGAGGAAGAAAAAAAUGAAAUGUGCAGUUUCAACAAACCAUUUUUGUUAAGUCAAUUUAAAACAUACGCAAAUGUUGGUACUUUUAAAUCUCAACAAAAAGCAUUGCCUUUUAAAAGUUGAUCUAGAUGCAAUAACGUCACAGAAAGAGUUGUAUCUCAAAGCCAUACAUUCCCUUACGGUUUGGACAUUUUGGUUCAAUCCUUUUUCCGUUUUCGUCAUUUCGUCACCGUCACCACGACUCUUAGGGUGUCGCCUCUGAAAGCUGCCCUGAAGGCAGAGCAAGCUCACAGAAUGAAGGUGCUCUACAGUAAAUCUCCCAACAAGGUGGUUGAAGAAUAAACUUUUGUAAUAACACUCAGUAUUUCUUUUGAUGGAAGAAAGAUGGGUCACUAUUUUCAUGUACUCUGGCUUCUUCUCUGUCAGGGAGCUAUAACUUGGAUGACUUUUUCUGUUGCUAUGUGACAGCUUUAAUAAAUGAUAAUGAAUGAUAAUUGAAGACGGAGAGACGUUACUAAUCCCUGGCGUCAGGUUUCCUUUUGGCGUCACCUGGCUCUGAUA